AUGAUAUCAGGACAUGAGAGAAUGUUAUAUGUUGUUAAUGUUGGAAGCCAUAAUUUAAGCAACACUAGUUCAUUCCAAAAGGUAUGUUCACAGAUCAUUAUUUUGAAAUAUUUGGUGGCAGUUUGUUUAAAUAACAAUGACCAUACAAAUAAACAAGGAAAUCAAGUUGCAACACUAUUAGGCCCUGAAAAGGAGAGAGAAAUCAACUGGUACUUACAGCCUGGACAUAAGGAGAAGCUGAUUAGACAGUUGACACCAAUUAUUCACAAGAUUUCAGAGAUUGUUUUACGUUGUGCUAUUAGUGUCUGUAAUGCAGGCAGAGGAAGGAACAUCAAACUUUUGAGUGACUAUGUAAAAAAAGUUGUGGCUUGUCUCCUGUUUGGAGGAUCAAGGAAGACUUUACCUGAUGGUGUAAGACUGAGGGGUGAUAUUAAUGAUUUGCUCUUGGGAGACCAGAAGACAGGUUGGAUUAAAAAUUAAACAAGGUGUCUCUUAAUAGCAAUGUAAUAAUAGGUUAGAUAGUUAGGGAUUGUAUUUUAUGCAAUGGAUUGUAUUUUUUGUAUAUGAUUAUUUGUAAGACAUUAAAUUUUAU